CUCAAAACUUUCAAAAUGGCGCAUGAUCAUUAUGAGUCCUUCAAUGCCAAUAUCUCACGAAGAAUCUGAAAUUAAAAGGAGUUUUAUUUCUGCUGAUGAUGAGAUCAAAACAACACAAAUUACCUUACUGAAUUACCCAAGUUCAAUGUGUACCAGCAGAUUAAUAAAUACUAAAGAGAUUAAACAAACAUAUGAAUCAACUAAAUUCCAAG